UUUUUUUUGCCUCGAUCAAGAAAUAUGUUUGCAAGACUACACAAAGCCUUUUUGAAGAUGGGGUAAAUGUUAUUUUUGAUGCAAUAAACUGAAGCUAAAAUUCAAUUUGAAAAGCAGUUUGUUUUAUGUGUGUGUGUGUUUCUACAAACUGCUUGUGACUCAAGCUCAAAAACACACCUGUUUCUGUUUGGCAAUCAGUGGCUUUGCUGGUUUUGGAGGUUGAAACUUCACAUGUUCAGGGGGGUUUUACAGUCAAGAGGAUGGGAUCACAAAGAAACCAGAGUCCGGACAUUCAUCUGCUGGGUCCGCACUACUUCCUGACCUCCGUCUUGUUGGCCACAGCUCUGGUCCUCCCAGCUUUCACCCUGGACGGCCUGCUGUGUUUCUACUGUCCUCUGCAGCACAAAAGCAAGUCCUGCCCCAAAAUCACCAGCCAGUGUCUGCCCCAUCAGCACUGUUCCAGCUCCAGGGGCCACUUCGGCUCCAUGCACAUCCUGUCUGCUCAGGGCUGUGUGGACAGUGAGCUCUGUGGUUCCCAUGAAAUCACCUCUUAUCGGGGAGUCAAGUACAAUGUCAGCCACACCUGCUGCUGCAAAGACAAAUGUAAUGGACCGCCGAAGUCUGAUGUCAGCCUGAAGAAGCUACUGGGGAUGAUCACAAACAAAACAGAUUACACCAACAUCACUCAUGUUCUUAGGGAGGAGCUUUGGGAUUCAUGUGCAAAUUACACAUCACCAAGCACCUCCCUAUUAUCUACCUCUGCAUCAUAGUUGUAUUUAUAGUAUUGAAGACUGUGGAGAGGCCUGUUAGCCAUAGGCACUUACCAGAGUCUGAUUUCAUCAUGUUUACACUGUGAUUGGUAUUUCUGCAAGAAUUUAUAAGAAACUAAAUCACAGUCUUUGCUGUUUAUGAUAAAGUUUUGCUCCAGAGAGAAAAAGGUGGACUUGUCAGCCCUCCUCCUGGUAUAUUUUCAAUGACUACAUUCUGAUGAUUAUUAUUUAUGUGGUUAUCAAUGAAUGCAACAAAAUAAAAGCACCAUAUUUAACCUCCCA